AUGAAAACUUCGACCUUGAUUACGGAACUUUUGGUGGCUGCCUUGGGCGCCUUCGGCAUCCAGACCGCUGCCCCUCCACCGUUCCAUGGUGUUGGUAUUCUCGCCCCUUUCAAUCAUUCGGUCCAAACCAGCAGCGAUGACUUUCUUGCCAAUCUUCCCACUAUGACACCAACUCCAGUCACAGCUGCGCCUCCACCGACCUUGGUUUCUCUCGGCUUGCCCUGGACUCUGUCAACCCUUGCCUCUCAAAGCUCUGCUAUGACUCCGGUCUUGGCUCCUGCAGCCGAAACAGUUACUAUUUCAGUCACUGGCGACAAUGCCACCACGACCUUGCAGAGCAACGACGCCACUACUGGUGUGCUUUCAACCUCUUCGGCUUCGGUCUCUUCUGUUGUGCCUGUCACCACGAUCACGGUUUCUCCUCUGGCUGCGUCUUCAAGCGCCGAACCUGCCAGCGACAGCUAUCCCUCGGCAAAUGAAACCUCAAGCGGUCCUGAAAUGAGCACUUCGUCUGUCCUCGGCCCACCUACCACGGCGUCACCAAACAGCACAGCCUCUGCCACCGACCAGCGCAAGUCGCUGAGUCGGGGGCAGAGGGCUACUGCAAUCGCCGUGCCCAUCAUGGGCCUGCUCCUCAUCGCCAUCGCCGUUGCCGUUGGAUACUGGCUGAGGAUCCGUCGUCGAGAGCGCCAGCGGGCCGACUGCCUUGAACAGCGGGCCCGCUGGUUCCGACAAGACCACAACGACUGGAUCCGUGCUCAGAUGAGCACUUUCGAUGAGAACAAGGUCGGCCGGAACCCGUUCGCGACGCCGACUCCAAGCAGCGACACGAUUUGUCGCCCAAGAACGCGCCCUCGGCAGUUCUCUGGGUCGACGAUCGUUGUCAACCGCCCGGAGGAGGCAGCCGUCGAUCGGGUGGUUCGUCGACGCGGCGGCGUCGAGAAUCUGCGCUCUUGA